AGCUAGAGAAAUGUCAGAGCAGACAGCACACCCUCCUUUGUUCAAAACCAAUCAGAGUGGAAGUGUGGCAUUUUGCCCGAGGGGAAAACUUACCCCUGGAUGCGUUAAUUACGCAUCACUUAGCUGUUGCCAAUGUGUUCACAACGGUGGACCCUCUUUUGGGCUUUUUACAACGAUUGUCUUCAUUUUUCGGUCAAUCUAGUAUGGAAAGUAGACAACAAUGGCUUACCAGGCUGAAAAAUGAACUUAGCAACAGUCCUCUGGUAUCAAAUGUGGCUUUUGGCUUUAUCCUCAUGGGACUAGAGAAGCUGGUGGAGCUGGAGUUUGAGUGUCCUUGCAACCCUACAUGGAACGGAGUGUUUUCAUCAGCAUUCUUCAUCAUUCCUGCCGUCAUGGCCUUCACCUUGAUGCUGAUCAUUCAAGGAUGCAGAUGUGAUUCGUGGUGCAGGAAAACUGUUUCCCUCUCCAGUUUUGUUCCUGCUAUCGUGUGGCUGAUUUUGUUGUUCCUCGAUGGCCAAUACUUUGCUUGUGCGAUGACAGACUGGGAGGGUAGAUUUGUACUAGUUGACAAGGCAGCUCCGCAGAAGUGGUGUGAGCCAAUUAGCGAGGGAGAUGUCACACCACAAGAACUAAUGCUCCGCUCACAGCAGCUGUUUGUUUUUUCUCAGGUUAUAGGCAUAAUCCUCCUCAUUUUCAUCUGUGUGGGUCUCGUAGUGUAUGUAAUCAGAGAAAGCUGCCAACAAGAGGUGGAGAUGCAGGAUGCAGAUGUAGCCGAGCUCACUGUGCUCAGGAUGAGUUCUCUACGGACCAGGACAUCAUGAGAGGACUUAGACCGCCCACCACACCUGCCCUGCUGGCACGGACACUUUGUAAAUACCACAAACAGACUUUACAAUCAGUUUUUGCAACUUUUGUGCCGUUUGAAAGUAUUUUCAUCUGUAGAAACUGGAUAUUCAGUGUGCCUUGAAUGGUCAUUGAUGCUGCCAAAUGAAGUUGCCAUGAAUAUGGUUGUUAUUGUAAACAGCUGUUGUUUUCACUGUAUUAUUGUUCAAUUUGUAACUAGCGGUGUGCCUGCGUUCAUCCGAUACUUCAAUGAAGUGACUUACUAGUUUUUACCAACCUUUGAAGAAGUUGUUUGACAUUUUGGGGAAUAGGUGUAUUUGUGUUUUGUUUUUUUUACCCAAAAAGUAAGAGGACAAGAUCAGACCACUCUCAUGUCUGUCCAGUGCAAGCUAUAGACAGUAAUGGAUUAGUUUGACGUAAAGACUGGAGGUUGGAAACAGUUAUUUCUGUCCAGAGUUUUAAAAAAAUCUGUUUACCAUGACACCUAAAGAUCGCAAAUUCAUCUGUUUUAUCAUGCUGUUUCUUCACUUGGAGCAGUAGCCAGGCAACCAGUGCAGCCUCCAGGAAGAUACUGUAAGAAAUAGCUUGGCGCACAACUCACCAUGAAACUGUGAAUUAUAUGCUUCCCACUAUUUAUCUUUCCACAGCUAAGAUAACUAGUUGCUGAUGCCAGCUGCAUAUUUACUGUACAGACACAAGGAUGGUAUUUCCCCAUCUAGCUUUUAGCAAGAAAGAUAAUAAGCUAAUUUCAAAAGUUCCAAUUGUUUCUUUAAAGCAAUAUUUCACUUUGUCGUGUUUUCUGAAGUUCUAGUGGACACAAAUUGUCAGCUUGCAGCUCAGAGGGUGCUGCACUUUGUCAGCUUUUUAUACCUUAAAAAUAUUUCAUUUUUUAUCUAAGUUUUUGUUCCUAUUGAAUUAGAUAUUUUGUCACAAGUGGAAUCCAUCAGGCAGCUUAUAUUGAUCUGAUUAAUAUUAGUUGACUUGUACUAUUGUUUGAUGUGUGCAUGCCAAAAAUGAAAAUGUUCUAAUGAAGUGAAAAUUCACUUUUGUUUUCCCUCAUGGGUAGCAAAUGUCUCCAGACUUGGUAGUAUCCGACCCCCAUCAUGUAUAAUCUUAGCAAACAGUGAUAAUGCAGACUGGAUUGAAAUUCCUCAUAUUUACUUUUUUUUGUUAGUUUUUUUUCUUGUUUUGUUUUUUGACAGAUAGAGAUGUAAAAUGAUGUGCUGAUGAUUUGUAUCAUGGCUGCAACCAGCCCAAAGUAGGAUGUAGACACAAAUUCUAUAACAAUACUUGCAGUACAUUUUUUUUAUUGUUUUGUAAUAAAAGAAUUUAUUUAUUUAAGUAAAACCCUCAGUGAUUUUGUACAGUUGUGUUUUACGAUCCCAUUAGUUUCCACAGACAUCAUAAAUGUUUAUGUCUUGGGGAUUCGAGUAUGUUUUAAAGUGUGUUCCACUCAGUUUUGAAACUAGCAUAUCUCCCGUAAAGUUUACUCAUUAAUACAGUGGUAGCAAAAAGUAGAACAAUCUAAAUUACAAGCAAUACUGCUUCGACAUUCCCCAAAAAGUAUUUCAACAAUAGGAUCAACAAUUUUUAGUGGGCUUAAAAUAAAUGCCAUGCAAUACUUCAACAGAGCAGACACACAGGCCAACUUGCUUUA